AUGUCAUUCGGAUUCAAUAGCACACCUCCCCCAAAGAAACGACCUCGAACAGAACAACAUGGUGACGACGGCGAUGAUGACGCUGAUUCAGACGAUUCCUUCAACGAUCCUGUUCUUGCGGAACCAAAGGCUAUCCUGCAACGGAGAGAAGCUGUUUGCGUUGACGACGGUCGACAGAUGGGAUUUUCCGUAGCUCAGUCUUCGGUGUUCAGUUCCCCACUUCGUCCUCAAAGAGAUGAUGAUACCACCACGAGGAAAUCUUUGUUGAGGGCCAGUGCUGUCACUCCUCGACGUUUUAAUGCCCAAGAUCGAAGUGAUUAUCAUCAUAGCGGACAAGUGUUGAUGCUAAAAAAUCGUGUUGAAAAUUUGGAGAGAGAAAAGGAACGAUCGGCUGCCGCUAUACGUGAUCAGGUAGUGUUAGUAUGUUAA